AGAAGGCUGUGACGGUGGACAGCUUCAUUCGUCAAGUCAUGACGAAGGGGCCCGGGCCGCAGCGAAAACGGCAACUACGGACCGUAAAGUUGCAAGAUGCAUCCAUUUCUACGGGCGAUGCAAAUAUUCAGUCAGUCACUAAGAAGCCCGUCGGGGACGGGAAACCGACGACUCUGGCACAGAGGCUGGCGCGUGCUGCCAUCCUCUCCCACGUGGAAACAAAGGAGUCUCCUGCCGACGGUAUAUCCUCCUCUCGUCGUCCUCUCAACUUUGUUUCAUUCCCGAAAUUCGCAACGCCUCCUUCGCCGAGGAAGAAACAUACUGCACGGUCGGCUUUUCCUGGUUCUGAGUCUUCUGCGGUCAUGCUGCGCAAUAAUCGACGCCAGAGGGCAAAAGUACAACCUACUUUAGAACAUCCUGGUUGUCAUCCUCUGAACUUGGUUCCCUCACAUGAAGCGCAGGCCGCAGGUGCCUCUGGAGCGCGGUCUCAUUCUGGGACUUCCGCAGACGUGCUUGACAGUAGUCGACACAAGAGGCCAAAACGACAACAAAUUACCAACCGUCCUGGCUGUCCUCCUUUGAAGUUUGUUCCAGCUCAUGAAGCAGAGGCCGCAAAUGCAAAAGUUCCGCGCCCUCCAAAACGACGGCCCAUUCCCGACCGUCAUGGGAGGGUUCCUUUGAAGUUUGUUCCUGCACACGAAGCAGAGGCUGCAUAUGCUGCGAUGUUUCCCAGACGCUCUCUACAACCACGGCCUACCUCCUACCGUCCUGGCUGUCCUCCUUUGAAGUUUGUUCCCGCACACGAAGCGAAAGCUGCACAUACCGCUAAGAGUGAGUUGUCUUCUUCCAGGGCAGAUAGGGAUGCUCGAUGGACAGGCCCGACAGAUGCUCUUGACACCGUGACAGGGGCUUCUUGAACUUAUAAUCUCCCAUGUCGGACCGAAACGAACCUUUGGCGAUUUCCUUCCAUGACGAACAAUCUGCCCUCUACAAUCACAACGGAACUAGUUGCACCUUCUCAGAACAACAAAAGGCAUUUAGAACUCGCACGAUGGACGAACUACUCUACUUUGUAAUACUUACUUUUGGUCGCAACAGCAGGCGGCUAGCGGACGGGGAGACAUUCGCGGUGGCGGGCAGUUGCUCAGGCUGAACUUGUCUUGCUAGAGAAGUCGG